CAAAUCGAAAACAAGUGCCAUAAACUAUAGCUCUUGGUGGAGCUAUGAUGACCACAACAACCACACAGCACCACCAGCAUCAUCCCAUCAUGCCGCCAGCCAUGCGUCCCGCCCCCGUACAGGAGAGCCCCGUAUCUCGCCCCCGUGCCGUCUAUAGCAUCGAUCAGAUCCUGGGGAAUCAGCACCAGAUCAAACGCAGUGACACGCCCAGCGAAGUGUUGAUUACGCAUCCCCACCACGCCCAUCAGCACCACAUCCAUCACCUCCACAGCAGCGGUGGCAACACCAAUGGCACCAGCAACCUCCAAAUGCCGCAGCAGCAACACCCGCACCAGCAACAGCAGCAGUUGCAGGUCCAGGCCAAGCGCGAGGACUCGCCGACGAACACGGACGGAGGACUGGAUGUGGAUAAUGAUGACGAGCUGUCCUCCAGCCUGAACAAUGGCCAUGAUCUCAGCGACAUGGAGAGGCCGCGCAAAGUUCGGAGAUCUCGCACAACAUUUACAACGUUUCAAUUGCAUCAGUUGGAGCGGGCCUUCGAGAAGACCCAGUACCCCGAUGUGUUCACAAGGGAGGAUCUGGCCAUGCGCUUGGAUUUGAGCGAAGCACGCGUCCAGGUGUGGUUCCAGAACCGUCGGGCCAAAUGGCGCAAACGUGAGAAGUUUAUGAAUCAGGACAAGGCUGGCUACCUCCUGCCCGACCAAGGUCUUCCGGAGUUUCCGCUGGGCAUUCCCCUGCCGCCCCACGGCCUGCCCGGACACCCCGGCGCCCUGCCCACCGAGUUCUGGCCCCCGCACUUCGCCCUCCACCAGCACUUCAAUCCCGCGGCAGCCGCUGCCGCCGGUCUGCUGCCGCAGCAGCUGAUGGCGCCUCACUACAAGCUGCCCAACUUCCACACCCUGCUCUCCCAGUACAUGGGUCUGAGCAAUCUGAACGGGAUCUUUGGAGCGGGAGCUGUGGCAGCGGCGGCGGCAGCCAGUGGCUCUGCAGCAGCGGCCGCGGCAGCAGCGGCGGCGGCCGGAUAUCCGCAGAAUCUCUCGCUCCACCAGGUGAGCCAAGUGAGCCCGCCCUGCAGCAACAGCAGUCCCCGCGAGAGCCCCAAACUGGUGACCCAUCAGCACCCCCCGCCGCAUGCGGUCUCGCCCUCCGGAGGCGGUGCCACCACCCUGAUCUCGGGCGGCCUGAUGCUCACCUCGACGGCCGCCCAGUCGCCGAGCAGCGCCACCGGAGCCAGCAGCAACGCUUCCACACCCGUCUCCGUGGUCACCAAGGGCGAGGACUGAAUGCCACCACGACUUCGUUAUGUACAUAUGCUGUAGAUAUAGCCGCCUAGUUAUAUAUUGGAUCUGGAUGCUUUGUCUUUGGCCAAAGUUAACGUAGUUGUAACACCCGAAUAAUAAUCUAUCUGUAAAAUAUCUUCGAGCUAUUAGAAAUAAAC